AAUUGUUAUACUUGUUCGUGGUUAAUCACUGGAGACAAGUCUGGUAUUCUGAGCAAUGGUUAGCCUUGAAGAAAAUCACCAUCUGAGCAGGGCUUUCUUUUGCUUUCUUUUUCUUUUUUAAGGAAUCAAACUGUUCAUCUGAGCGACACCUACUCGGGACAAGGCAGCGCCAGCCUCGGGGACGCGCGCCGUCCCGCCGGGUUCCCGGGGUUCCGGCGACUCUGACCUGCGCUCCCGCCGCGCGCCGCAGCACGAAGUUUCCGGGAAGGUCGGGCGCAUCCGGCCUCUGGCUGCAGCGCUCGGCGGGCGGGAAAUCAUGGCUGCUGAUAAAGACAACGAAAAACAAGUCCUUAAGGAUUGGCAAGAUGAAGAAUUUAUGAAAGAUGAACAAAAUCAGAAAUUAAUUACUGAAAUGGCAAAAGAAAAUAUUCGGUUAAGUGAAGAGAUCCAAAAGCUUGAAGCUGAGUUACAAGAGACCAUAAGUUCUCAGAUUAAAGCGGAUAUUCCUGAAACAAAGAUGAAAUUUACAUCUUUAGAGAGUCCAGAGAACGACAGCCAGUUUUUAAAUGUCUCCUGUUCAUUUCAAGUGAUGUCUCCAGUUCCUUAUGAGCUACAAAAAGGAGAAGCGCUUAUCACCUUUGAAAAAGAAGAAGUUGCCCAAAAUGUGAUCAGGAUACAGAAUCAUCAUGUGCAGAUAAAUGAUGUCGAUCUGGAGGUUGUGGCCAAGCCCGUUCCAUUGAAGUCUGGAGUUAGUUUCCAGUUUCACGCAGAAGUCUCUAAAAUAAAGAUCAAUGUUACUGAAAUUCCUGAUGAAUUGCCUGAAAGUCAGAUGAGAGACAAGAUAGAGCUGAGCUUUUGUAAGUCCCGAAAUGGAGGCGGAGAAGUGGAAUGCGUGGAGUAUGAUAAACAGGCCCGAAGUGCUGUCAUCACAUUUGUGGAAACUGGAGUUGUGGACAACAUUUUGAAAAUGAAAGACUAUCCUCUUUAUAUAAAUCAAAACUGCCAUAGAGUUGUUGUUUCUCCGUACAUAGAAACACACGUGAAAAAGUUUCAGGUAUUUUCAGGAAUAUCUAAAAGGACGGUGCUUCUGACUGGAAUGGAAGGCCUUCAGAUGAUGGAUGAAGAAAUUAUAGAGGAUUUGGUUAACAUUCACUUUCAACGGGAGAAGAAUGGUGGUGGAGAAGUUGAUGUGGUCAAGUGUUCUCUAGAUCAACCUCACAUAGCAUACUUUCAAUAAUAGACUCAUGGAAUCAUAUGAAAAUUAGAUCUUCUGAGCCCAAAUCACUCUCAGUGUUUGACAAAAAUUAAUAUUUUUUCCCUUCAAAAAUGAAAACUUAAAUUCUUUAGUGUCCACAUAGUCUUAGAGACAAAAUACAUUUUCAUUGUUUUAAAUUCUUCUUUGUUCUCGUCUGUACUGCAUAUUUAUAAAUGUAGUAAGUGCACUGUAUGAGAAACAGUUUUGUUCAUAAAUUAUGUGGAUUGGUGCCAAGUCUGUUGAAAUCAACUGUUAAGCGAUGCUGUUGUCCCCCUGCCAUGUUGUAUCAUUCUGUCAUAGUCAUGCAGGCCAAUUCUGUUUUGGUUCCAGGUCCACCAUAUGCAGGUAUGACUCUUAACAUUUCCCCAAAGAAAUGUUACACUCAGCAGUUUGUGAUUUCUGUAGAAUUUGCUGAAUUUUAAAGAACUUCAAGAGUAAUCAUUUUCCACUUUCCAAAGCAUUUCAUUCCAAAAGUAUUUCUCAGAGCCAAGUGUGGUGGGUUUUUUUUUUUCAUUUUCCUUCAACCUGAGUGCCAAAUGACCCCUAUUCCUUCCAAGGCAUCCCCUCUCCGAAUGGAACUUGGAAAGACCAGAAUUUUCUUUUUUUAUGCUUACAAUGUAAAGAAUCCAUUUAAAGGACUGAAAAUGUAAAGCUGCUGGCUUAUCGCUCAUCAUGCUAGAUGCUGGGGGAUGCCUGAAAGUAAAAACACAGUACCUUUCAUUUAAGAGCUAAAGAUUUAGUUGGAAAGAUACCCAGUUUAUUAGCAUCCCACUGUUUUAACUUACAAAAACUUUAAAUGGUAAAAUUCAAGGUUCCUAUUUAGGGAAGGUAAAAUUCUCUUCGGUAAAGAAUAUUUGAACAGCUUUUAUCUUAAAUACAUAUUAAAAUGCUGGCAGAAAUGAAAUGCUUUUAGAAAAGAUUCUAAACCUAAACCUAUCUAAUGCUGCUUGCCAACUAAAAUAAACGAAAAGAAAUGCUAAAAGAAAAAAA